CUUUUGGUCGCGUUUCUUCUUCCUCCGACACGACACCAAACACGAUGCCAGAACCUACAAACGGGGCCAACGGGGUCCAUAUCGAUGAUGAAGACAUUGACUUUUCCGACAUUGAGGCAAAAUACGCCGUCCGAUUUGACGAGGGCCUCGACGACGUCAUCGUCGUCGACAACGUCCCGAUCAUUGGGCAGGACAGACAACAAAGACUGUUUGAGACGAUCGUCAAGCGGUUCAAGAGCCACGCCGGCAUCGACGUAGAUGUCGCGGGCAUGCACAUUCCCUAUGGCGAGGAUGGCCAGAGCAAGGGGUAUAUGUUCAUUGAACUCGCGUCGCCCGAGGACGCAAACCUGGCACUCCGGUUGAUGGACGGCUACCCUUUCGACAAACGGCAUCGAUUCCAAGUCAACCGUUUCACUGAUGUCGAGAAGCUGGCCAACCUCAACGACGAAUACGUGGAGCCCGAGGAGGAGCCCUACGCCGACAAGGAGCACCUCCGGUCUUGGCUCAUGGACAACGCAGGACGAGACCAGAUUGUCAUGUGCCGGGGCGACGAUGUCCAGGUGGCAUGGCACAACCGGUCGUCGGCCCCUGAGGUCGUGCACAACCGAGAGCGGUGGACCGAGUCGUACGUCCAGUGGUCCCCACUCGGCACGUACCUGGCCACGCUCCACCGUCAGGGUGUUCAGCUCUGGGGCGGGCCAUCCCUUGACCGAUUCAUGCGCUUCUCCCACCCAAAUGUCCGCCUCGUCGACUUCUCGCCCAGCGAGAAGUACCUCGUCACCUGGUCGCCAGAGCCCAUCGUCGUGCCCGACAAUGCACCGCUGGGCCCCCACUUCUUCAGCCCGGAUGACGAAGGCAACCGCGUGGCCGUGUGGGAGGUGCGGACGGGUCACCUGCUGCGAACAUUCCCUGUGGUGCAGGACGAGGCCGGUGCCGUCAAGGGCUUCAGCUGGCCCAUGCUCAAGUGGAGCGGUGACGACCAGUACGUGGCUCGUGUGCAGGUUGGCCAGCAGAUCAGCGUGUACGAGCUGCCGUCGAUGGGCCUGCUCGACAAGAAGAGCAUCAAGAUUGAGGGCGUGGCCGACUUUGAGUGGUGCCCGCUCGGCGACAAGGACCGUGAUGCGAUCGAGGCCUGGGGCGAUGGCAGCAACCCACCAAAGGGUGCAAAGAAGCCCCGGGACAAUCUUUUGUGCUUCUGGGUGCCCGAAGUGAUCAACCAGCCGGCGCGUGCUUCGGUCAUGUCGAUCCCUUCGCGCGACAUUGUCCGCUCCAAGAACCUCUUCAACGUCUCGGACUGCAAGCUGCACUGGCACCCCCAGGGCGACUAUCUCUGUGUCAAGGUCGACCGGCACACCAAGACAAAGAAGUCGCUGUUCUGCAACUUUGAGCUCUUCCGCAUGAGGGAAAAGGACUACCCUGUUGAGGUCGUCGAGCUCAAAGACCCGGUCACGGCCUUUGCGUGGGAGCCGACAGGCAACCACUUUAUCGUCAUUUCCUCCAACGAUGCCAACCUCGGCACCCAGGCACCGGGUAUCACGAUCAAGACGCAGCUCAACUUCUUCCACCUGGACCCAAAGAAGGGCGACUUUAGGCUCAUGAAGAUGCUCGACAACAAGACGUGCAACACCAUCUACUGGUCCCCGCGCGGCAGGCACGUCGUCGUCGCCACGCUCGGCUCGAGCCAGAAGUUUGACCUGGAGUGGUACGACGUUGACUUCAACCACGAGAUUCGCCAGGGCGGCAUCAGCGAGGACCCGGCUGAGGAUGUCAAGCUGAUUGGCUCGGCCGAGCACUACGGCAUCACGGACCUCGAGUGGGACCCCUCUGGACGGUAUGUGGCGACGAGCGCGAGCAUGUGGCGACACCAGCUCGAGAAUGGGUACGCGGUGUGGGACUUUAGGGGCCAGGAGCUCCAGAAGCAGGUCCUCGACCGCUUCAAGCAGCUCCUCUGGCGGCCCCGCCCGAGGUCGCUGCUGACCAAGGAGGAGCAGAAGCGCGUCAGGCGCAACCUCCGCGAGCUCGGACGGCAGUUCGAGGACGAGGACCUGGCCGAGGAGAGCAACCUGGCGCUCAAGAACCGCGAAAUUUACCAGCGCGCCCUCGAGGAGUGGCGCGCCUGGCGCUCGCAUGUCAAGGCCGAGCUCGAGGAGACGCGGCAGGAUCUCGGCCUCGACCGGGCGCAGGCCGAGGAGCACCUCGCGCUGCCAAGCACCAUUGAGCAGGAGGCCACAGAGACAAUCGAGGAGUGGCAAGAGACGAUUCUCGAAGAGACCGAGGAGGUCAUUGUCUGAUCUCUUUUCUUUUUUCCACAUGCUCAUGUCAUCCCUACCUCCUCCUCCCAUCAUCAUCCCCCCAAAAAAGCUACGAUUGAGAGUAUUGCAAUCACAAUCUAUGUGGACUGUCUAUUGUGUUCAGCCUGCGCUUCGGGCCCAUUGGACCAGCGAAGUGCCUAGUGUGUCGCGCCGCUCGACGUCGUCGUUG